UCUCUUCACAUUUCUCUCUCUUCAUUGUACCUUUUUAUUUUUUUAAUAGUUGUGAGACACUUUAAUUUGUCUCAUAACACAGCCUUUUUACUUCCUCUACAUUUUAUACUCAUCCCCGCCCCAUCACCCGCCAAAACUCUCUCCAUCCCCGCCCAAUGAGGCGGAAAUGGGGUAGGUCUCCUAAUUAACCCGACCCAACCACUGGUCCAUAUCCCCACUACCAUAACAUUCUCCAAAAGUAAAGUUGUUUGAUCUUAAACCCUCGAAAAACCCUCCCUAUUUCCCUUCCUCCCACUCUCUUUUACCACAAAAAUGGCAUUCUCCAAACCCUCCUCAUUUCUCCACCACCUCAAAACCCUCCCAUUCCACCACCACCACCACCACCACCACCGGAUUCUCCGGCGCCAACCCCCAAUCUCCCUCUCCUUCCGCCUCCUCUCCUUCGCCACACCCGACGACAUCGCCGCCGAGCGCCGCAAACGCAAGCGCCAGCUCCGUAUGCAACCCCCCUUGUCUCCUACUCGCCACAACAACAACAACCAACAACAACAGCAACGAAAAUCCCCUAUUUCAAUCCCUAACCCUAAUUCCCCCAAAAUCCCUGAUCAUGUCUUCCUUCUCACUGGUAAUCGCCUCAAUUUGCACAACAAGAUUCUCAAGCUUAUUCGCGAGAAUGACCUUGAUGAAGCUGCUUUGUACACUCGUCAUUCUGUUUACUCCAAUUGUAGGCCUACUAUUUUCACUUGCAAUGCCGUUUUGUCUGCGCUUUUGCGCCAAUCCAGGUACUCUGAUUUCUUGUCGUUUCAUAGGUUUAUUACUCAGGCUGGAAUUGCUUCCAAUUUGAUUACUUAUAAUUUGUUGAUUACUUUGUAUUGUGAGUGUCGGAAAGUUGAUACUGCUUUAGAGCAUUAUAAAAGGUUGAUUGAGGAUGCCCCUUUCGAGCCGUCGAAGGCUACCUACAGGGUUUUGGUCAAGGGGUUGGUGGAUAAUGGGAGGGUUGAUAAGGGGGUUGAGGUUAAGGAUGAGAUGCUGUCGAAAGGGUUCGAGGCGGAUGAGGUUGUGUAUGGGUUUUUGAUGAAUGGGUUUGCUAAGGAUAAGGAUGGGGAUAAGGUUUUUGAGCUUUAUGAAGAGUUGGGGGAGAAAUUAGGUGGGGAGGUGACCAAGGGGAUUGUGUUUGGGCCGUUGAUGAAAGGGUAUUUUUUGAAGGGAAUGGAGGAUAAGGCGAUGGAGACGUUUGAGGAGAUAAUGGGGGAAAAUUCGAAGGUUAAGAUGGAUGAAACGGCGUAUAAUUUGGUUCUUGAUGCGUUUUGUAAGAAUGGCAAGUUUGAGGAGGCGUUGAAGUUGUUUGAGAGGAUGAAGAACUUGCAUAAUCCGCCGUGGUUGUUGACUGUGAAUCUAGGAAGUUAUAAUGUGAUGGUAGAGGGGUAUUUCUUGGAAGGGAGGUAUAAGGAAGCGGUUGAUGUUUUUAUGAGUAUGGGUGAGAAGAAUUGUAAUCCUGAUAUUAUAUCAUUUAAUAAUUUGAUUGAGCUAUUGUGUAACCAUGAUUUGCUUCCUGAAGCAGAAGAAUUGUGUGGAAGGAUGAGUGAGAAGGGGGUUAGUCCGGAUGAGGUGACUUAUGGCUUGUUGAUGGGUACGUGCUUGAAGGAGAAUCGGCAUGAUGAUGCAGCUGGGUAUUUUACGAAAAUGGUUGGUGAGAACUUAAGACCUAAUUUGUCUACUUACAACAAGCUGGUUGAAGGAUUGGUUCAAGUAGGAAAGAUUGAUGAAGCUAAGUCAUUUUUCGACUUGAUGGUUCAGAAGCUCAAGUUCAAUUAUGCUAGUUAUGAGUUUAUGUUCAAGGCUUUGUGUGAUGUUGGAAGGGUUGAUGAUGUGCUCAAGAUUGUCAAUGACAUUUUGGACGAGGGGAGUAUUGACCUUAAUAAAGACAUGCAGGAAAUUGUCAAAGAUGGAUUGAAAAGGGAAGCGCGAGAGGAGGAGGAGUUGGACACGUUGAUUGAGCAAAAGGAAAAGGAGAAGGAAGAAGCUAAGAGAAGGGAAAUUGAAGAAGCAGAAAGGGCCAAGGCCAGUGCGAAAGCUGCAGUUGCUUCUUUACUUCCUUCUAAGUUAUUUGGAAACAAAGAAGACAGCAAAGAGUCUGCAGUGUUUUCUGGAAUUACUGAUACAGUCUCAAAUGAUGAAACACAAGGCAGUGGAGAAAUUGUACCAGAAGGCAAUACAGCAGAUGAAUCUGGGUCCAAAAGUCUUGACUCUGAACAGGCAACAGCUUGAUCUUCAUGUAAUCCGCAAAUGCAAAAAAGGUUACCUAAAUAGUGGAACUGGCACUGUUUAGUAGCAUUGUGAGACAAUGUGCCCUAUACAAGAUGUCACAAAAGGUCAAUUUGCUGGUCUCUUGAUGAAGCUGGUUUGACGUGGUUAUUAAGAGUAUACAAAAGAUUGAAAUGAUCUGUGUAAUCAAAACCACCCAAUGUCCCUUUUAUUUAUUUAUCUAUUCUUUUGCAUUGGCUUUGAUCAAUAUUUGUAAACAAAAUUACAGAUUGUUAACAGAAGACGAAUCAACAACAUUAAAAUACUUCGUAUCUGUGAUCAAUGUUGCGGGCAUGUUUGUACCAGUGGUCUACGCAGAAUAUGGAUAACACAGCACCCGAGGCUUCAGCAUGCAUGUGAUCCCUGUUUGGGGACGGCGAUUUGCCUGUAGCUAAGUCAAUAAAUCAACCAGAUUAGUUUCUUUAAUUGUCUAACUUUUUUUUUUUUUGAAACCAAGUAAGCUAGUAAUCUUUCACUGUAACUGGUUUGUUCAAUACAUGACCCAGAUUUGUUUAGUCAUUGUCAUUUUUAAGGGCAGUCUUUUUGGAUACGUUCUUGGCUCCAUUUUUUGCGUGCAAAAAAUGGAUACUAAGUGCUUAUUAACAAUCUGAUGUGAAUAUACAAGUUAUGAUUGUAGUGCAUUAUUUCCAUCCA